GAUUUUUUUUUUUUUAAAGUUUGUCACUAUGCAAGAACACCACAAUAGAAAAAGUGAUGAUUUUAUAGUCAAAUCAUUAUAGAUGCUCUGCAACUGUUUAUGGUUAUUGCUGACACCUAAAUUUGUUUUUGGUUGUUUGGUGUCUCAGAAACGGGAAGAAAAAAGACAGAGAAAAGAAAAGAAAAAAAACCCAAUUUUCUUUGUCAGAUAUUAAUGGGAAUUGCAGAUUCCAUUGUGAGGCAAUUUCUAUGCCAGUAAUCUCAUGGAGGUCAGCAAUCCACAAAAGUCUAAUUUUUGAAUCGUUGAGCAAAACAUUAUUGAAUUCUUCACAUACUUUUCUGGGGCUUUCUGAAUUUUCUUGGACUUCGAGCUCCAGUGAUAUUCUGGAUAGCUGAUUUGACAAGCUUAGAUGACCGUGGAGGAAGCCGAUAGCAGCUCCAAGUGGAGUAGGGAGCAAGAUAAGGCAUUUGAGAAUGCUCUUGCAACUUAUCCUGAGGACUCUUCAGAUCGAUGGGAGAAAAUUGCAGCUGAUGUACCUGGAAAAACUUUGGAAGAGAUUAAAGAACACUAUGAGCUUCUAGAGGAUGAUGUUAACCGGAUUGAAUCUGGUUGUGUGCCUCUGCCGCCAUAUAAUUCUUCCGAGAGUUCAGCAGGAGAUGAAGGAGCUGGUAAGAAGGGGAGCAGCCAUUCAGGGAAUUGUAACAGUGAGUCAAAUCAUGGGAGUAAAAAUUCAAGGUCAGAUCAAGAACGUCGGAAGGGGAUUGCUUGGACAGAGGAUGAGCACAGGUUAUUUCUUCUUGGUCUGGAUAAAUACGGGAAAGGUGACUGGCGAAGCAUAUCCCGGAACUUUGUGGUCACAAGAACGCCAACACAAGUAGCAAGUCAUGCGCAAAAAUAUUUCAUUAGAUUGAACUCAAUGAACAAAGAUCGAAGGCGAUCUAGCAUCCAUGACAUUACCAGUGUUGGCAAUGGGGAUGUUUCAGCACCCCAAGGUCCGAUCACUGGUCAAUCAAAUGGCACCGCAUCCGGGGGUUCUGCAGCAAAAUCAACCAAACAGCCGCCCGGACAUUCUGUUGCACCACCCGGUAUCAGUGUGCAUGGAGUUCCAACUAUGGGGCAACCAAUAGGUCCCCUCAUCUCAGCAGUUGGCACGCCAGUGAACCUUCCUACUCCGGCACAUAUGGCUUACGGAGUCAGAGCAACAUUACCAGGAGCAGUGGUUCCAGGUGCACCCGUGACAUACCCUAUGCCGCAUACAUCUGCUCAUAGGUAAUACAAUGAUGUUUAGCUACAAAAUGUACAAAGAAGGCUACUUUUGCUUGUGCUGAUAUUAGGUCACUGUGUUUUCCAUUUCAGCCUGAAUAAAAGUUGCUUAAUUGCAAGCACAAGUUAUGUCUGUCAUUUAUUUAAUCUAAAAUAAGCCAUAGGGAGAGAAUUUACAUGUAUUUUUUUUAUAAGAAACUAUGAAAAAUGAAAAUGUAAAAUGUGGCAGAUUUAUGGGUAGGACACCAUUUUGGCACCUAUUUUUUUUUUUUCAGUGCAACCAUAAGCAUUAGACUAGGUGGAUGCUUAGGAAUUUUAUGGGAAAAAAUGUUGUAUAAAAAAACUUGGUCGAUGCAUUAUUAUAUCAGGAAAGUUAUUCGAA